GCGCGGAAACCGGCCGCGGGGGGAGGGGUCCGGGGCGCGCGCUGGCGCGCCCCUCGCGGAACGACCGGCGUCGUGCGUUUCUUAGGGGCGCGCUCUCGACCGCAGCACGCGGCGUACAAACCCGGCCCGGGGGCGGCAAGGGAAAAGCGCGCGAGAGGUCUCGGCGCGCGCGCGCGCCCCACCCAAGGCUGUUCCUGUCUGCGCGUCACCCUCCCUCGGCAGCCGGGUCCGUCUCGGGAGCAGGUGGCAGGGAUGCCUGCGCCCGGGAGGGGCGGGCGCUGGUGCGGCGAGGGGCGAUGCUGGGAAGACGGAGUCCCGGUUGGGGCGUGGGUGCCUGCGAUUAGGGCCUCGCACCGCAAGGCUUGGAGGGGGCAUCGCAGAGACUGCGGCGCCUUCGGGAGCACAUCUAAGGAGCUGCGUUCUCACCCGAGGAUUGGGCGAGGGCUGGAACGGCGCUGUCUGCCGGCGCGUGCGCGCACGCUCAGGCCCGGCCGCGGAUGCCGAAGCCCUGGGCCAGCCGGGCCUUCCCGGAUGGGCCUGAGGGUGGAGCCGAAUUUAGGGAAGUGACCCAGUCGGGCACCGCCCGGAAACCACCCCGCCCCCUGUGUACGGCCCGAGGGCUGAGAAAACUGAAGGUUAUGUAGCGUGCCCAGGCUCCUGCCUGCAGCAGAUAGGUCUGAUACAUCCGUUGUUUUAAGGUGAUUCCGUAGGGUUAGGGACCUGGAGAUGCUGCUGCCUCUCGGGUACGCCGUUCUCUAUUGGGGAGGGGGCCAGACCUAUCCGAUCUCCUUUCCCCGCCUACUCCGGAAGCUACCGAGUCACGUGGCCGGCUUCCUCUGCAGUUCGGGGAGUUCAGGGGACCAGAUUUACCGUGGAUUGCCCCCCCUCUCCUGGCUCGGGCACCGCCAAGCACGACGCAGAGUAGGAGUUUAAAGAUUGCGAGGCUUCUGGGCACUUGAGUUUGGCGUGUUAAUUUUUACCAGCGACUUCUGGGGCCUAGCACCAUUCCCGGAAGAAGGGAGUUGUCGGGCAGGGUCCUUAUUGGGGGUUGUGAUUCUUGUUUUAGUUGGGAAAGACCCUAGGAGGGAACAGGGGUCGUUUGUGUAGUAACACUGAUUUAAGCAGUUCUGGUGGGUUUGUUGUAACUGUUCAGUGUCCUUGAGGUCCCAUUUAGCAUUGUGGGGUCUUGGCUCUUUCUGAAGAGAAGUCUUGGCUCAGGUGUUUGGGUCUUCCAUAUCUGAAGUUCUAAGUCACCAGUUUUAUCCGAAGGCUGAGAGCAAAUACGGCCUCCGGUGUGGCUGUCUCUGAUGGUGUCAUCAAGGUGUUCAACGACAUGAAGGUGCGUAAGUCUUCAACGCCAGAGGAGGUGAAGAAGCGCAAGAAGGCGGUGCUCUUCUGCCUGAGUGAGGACAAGAAGAACAUCAUCCUGGAGGAGGGCAAGGAGAUCUUGGUGGGCGAUGUGGGCCAGACUGUCGACGACCCCUAUGCCACUUUUGUCAAGAUGCUGCCAGACAAGGACUGCCGCUAUGCCCUCUAUGACGCAACCUAUGAGACCAAGGAGAGCAAGAAGGAGGACCUGGUGUUUAUCUUCUGGGCUCCUGAGUGUGCGCCCCUUAAGAGCAAAAUGAUCUAUGCCAGUUCCAAGGAUGCCAUCAAGAAGAAGCUGACAGGGAUCAAGCAUGAAUUGCAAGCAAACUGCUACGAGGAAGUCAAGGACCGCUGCACCCUGGCGGAGAAGUUGGGGGGCAGUGCUGUCAUCUCCCUGGAGGGCAAGCCUUUGUGAGCCCCUUCUGGUCCCCUGCCUGGAGCAUCUGGCAGCCCCACACCUGCCCUCGGGGGUUGCAGGCUGCCCCCUUCCUGCCAGACCGGAGGGGCUGGGGGGAUCCCAGCAGAGGGAGGGCAAUCCCUUCACCCCAGUUGCCAAACAGACCCCCCACCCCCUGGAUUUUCCUUCUCCCUCCAUCCCUGACGGUUCUGGCUUUCCCAAACUGCUUUUGAUCUUCUGAUUCCUCUUGGGUUGAAGCAGACCAAGUUACCCCCAGGUACCCCAGUUGAGGGGGAGCCUGUAUUUUUUUUUAACAACAUCCCCAUUCCCCACCUGGUCCUUCCCCUUCCCAUGCUGCCAACUUCUAACCGCAAUAGUGACUCUGUGCUUGUCUGUUUAGUUCUGUGUAUAAAUGGAAUGUUGUGGAGAUGACCCCUCCCUGUGCCGGCUGGUUCCUCUCCCUUUUCCCCUGGUCACUGCUACUCAUGAUGGAAGCAGGACCAGUAAGGGACCUUCAAUUAAAAAAAAAAGACAAUAAUAAAAAGGCUCAUUAAUGGGA